UUAAGAAGGGGGCCUAAUUUGUUUACUCCAAUUCAACUUUUUUCCUUUUUGAGGUAAUUUCUGACUAUUUUCGUUUAUUUUAUAGCUGAAAGAUUGAUCUUUUGCUUUCUUUUUGGCCAAAGAUUGUAUCUUUUGGUUUCCUCUCUCUCUUUGACAGUUUAAAUUUGUAGUAUGCUUGCAAACGCAACUGCAAUUGAGCUGAAUCGCACUUCUUAGAAACCCUCAGAGAUUUAUCCUUUAUUUUUUCAGUUUCUUGGACCUUUUCUUCUUUUUGGCCAGAGAAUUCGAUUAUAGUAUUUGAAUUGUUAUUGAGUUUGUCACAAUUUUACUCUUUUUAGUUCUAAUUUUGUAUGUUCUAGCAAUAAUGUAUUUGAAGGAGGGGUGCUCUUUAUUGUUAAAAGUGCAUAAGCCUUCAAUCCCGUUUGUACUUAGCACAAACCCAAAGCUUGAUUUUCAGCCGCAGAGUGAACAGAAUGAUAAAGGUAAAGUUUUUAUUGAAGAAUCUGAAGUGUUGAAGAGAUUGGAAAAUGAAAAUGAUAUUGCGGUAGCAGUGGAGUACUUUAAAUCCAUAUCUAAUUCAAGCUCUUUUAAGCACACCCCUUUAACAUAUGGCAUGAUGAUCGAAAAACUGGGGCACAGAGGUGAGAUGGAUGCUGUGCAAUACCUUUUGCAACAGAUGAAGUUGGAAGGUAUUAGUUGUUCAGAAGAUUUAUUUAUUAGUGUGAUCAAGUCUUACAGUUGUGUUGGGGCGGCUGAGCAGGCACUGAAAACGUUUUAUAGGAUUCGUGAAUUUGGUUGUGUUCCGACAGUCAGGAUAUAUAACCAUCUAUUGGAUGCAUUGCUUAGUGAGGAUAGGUUUCAUAUGAUCAAUCCACUAUAUGUUAAUAUGAAGAAAGAUGGGUUAGAGCCAAAUGUGUAUACGUAUAAUAUUCUGUUGAAGGCACUGUGCAAGAAUAAUAGCUUGGCUGGGGCUCGUCGGUUGCUUGGGGAGAUGUCGAACAAGGGAUGUGAACCUGAUAAUGUAAGUUAUACAACUAUUAUAUCGUUUUUGUGUAAAUAUGGUAAGGUGAAAGAGGCAAGAGAUUUGGUUUUGAAAUUCAUCCCGAGUGUGCCUGUGUAUAACGCAUUGAUUAAUGGAUACUGUCGAGAAGGAAAGACCAAUGAAGCUUUGGAGUUACUGGAUGAGAUGAUGGAAAGGGAAGUUACUCCUAAUGUCAUUACAUACACUAUGAUUUUGAAUACUCUAUCUGAUUCAGGUAACAUUGAGCUCUCUCAUGCCAUCUUGGCCAAAAUGUUUGUGCGAGGAUGUAAUCCAAAUACCCACACAUUUACUUCCUUGAUAAAGGGGCUAUCCUUGAAAGGUAGAUUACGGGAAGCUCUUGAUGUGUUGAUUCAAAUGUUCAGUGAUGGGAUUUUACCAAAUGAAGUCACAUAUAACACGCUAAUUCAUGGCCUCUGCUUGGCUGGUAAUAUGAAUGAGGCUUUGUCUAUUCUUAAGAAGAUGGAGGCAAAUGGCUGCCUUCCAAAUAUAACAACCUAUAGUACCCUCAUUGAUGGUUUUGCUAAGUCAGGGGAUUUGAUUGGCGCGACUGAGAUAUGGAACAAGAUGAUAUCUCUUGGUUGUCGUCCAAAUGUGGUUGCAUACACGUGCAUGAUAGACGCACUCUGUAGAAAUUCCAUGUUCAACCAAGCUUAUGAUCUAAUUGGAACCAUGGUAACAGAUAAGUGCCCACCAAAUACAGUUACAUUCAAUGUCUUUAUCAAGGGUUUAUGUGAGAAAGGUAGAGUUGAUUGGGCUAUGGGUUUGUUUGAUGAGAUGGAAAAAUAUGGGUGUCCGCCUGAUAUUACCACGUAUAACGAAAUGUUGGAUGUUCUAUACAAAGUUAACAACAAUAAACGUGCAUUUGAGCUCAUCAGCGACAUUGAGCAAAGGGGAAUCAAGUUUAAUUUAGUAACCUACAACACUAUUACACAUGGUCUGUGUUCAUGUGGGAAGCUAGAGGAGGCAGAGAAGCUUGUUGGAAGAAUGAUAAUCCAGGGAGUCAAGCCUGAUACUUUUACACUAAACAUGCUAAUUCAUGCUUACUCUAAGUGUGGCAAGGUUGGGUCUGCCAUGCAACUUCUGAAGUCGAUGAGCAAGGUAAGCUUGCGCCCUGACAUAGUUGCUUACAACAGCCUUAUAUGUGGGAUGAGUGAGCAGAUAGAUUUAGAAGCAGCCAGCGUUUAUCUUCAUAGAAUGAUAAGAGAAGGAAUCAUCCCGAAUAUUUCGCUGUGGAAUUUCUUGGUCCGGAGUUUGGUGAGCAAGAUUGGGUAUGCUGGAGCAGUGAACCAUAUGAAUGUUUUGUUGGCAAGUAAGUAAAUAUGAUUAUAUGAAAAGGUUAUAAAAGUCUCCAGCUCUGUUAUAGCCCAAGGCUGACUAACAAAGGAAUAUAUCAGGACACCUUUGCUGACCACAGGGGAUGCAAAUUUUUUGACUAGGAUCUUGUUAAUGGACCUUCCUCAAGUAGUUGUUGCCUGGAUGGCAUGUUAAUCCAGAGUCCAAGAUGCAGCCAUUGAUUAUUCAAUGGCGUUUGUAGAUGAUAAUCUGCAGUUGUGUGCCCAUUACACUAGUGCUGUAGUGAUUCUGUUGUUCUUACACUUAGCCGAAGGCUGCUUAUUUCUCUUUUCACCUUUCUUUUCUUCUCCUUGUACAUAUGUCCUGGGGUUUGGGCUUCCUGGAUGACGCCAUGGAUACAAUAUGAAUUCCACAUA